UAACGCGUACGGCAGAUAUAAGCAUAUGUGUUAUAUGAUUUAACACAUAUAUUAUUGAUAGUCUGUUGAUAGUCUAUACAAGGUCAUUGAUCGCGCAUUGAUCAGCCUGCUUAUAGGGCCAAUCUUAUCCCGAUUGUUACUCAAUUAUUGCCCAACUCCUGGCUUCCAUCCAUCAUCUGUCGAGGACGCUUUCCUCGACCUCCAUCCUCUUCUGCUCAUCGUGCUCUGCGUGCUAGCAUGGGCAACUCAGCAUCCAGCGCAAUCAACCAGAAUAACCUGCACGCGAAUUCUUCCAGGCUCGACUCUUCGUCCAAUCGCACAGGCUCACCCGCUAGAGGGGGUAGUCCUGCGCCCAACUAUCGAGGAAUACACAAAUCCCUCCGUCAAAAGAAGAAAUCACUCGAAUUGCCCGACCUGGCGUCCUUGACCCUCACCCCCGCCUCCUCUCCUCAAUCAGUCUCCCCCCACAAUGCCUAUCGCAGGCCCAGGGCAUCAUCUCCCAUUCCCAUCCCUGUAUCCGCUAACCCUCAGCCUCAGACUUUCCGUCCUCAGAACAACUUGCCAUCCGCAGCUCACCUCCCUUUCAACAAUCAGCAUGGUGGCAAUAGAUCGCGACACAAGUCUUACUUGAGCAGCGCUUAUCCAUCUACCCACUCCUUUGUCUCAGGUUCUCCUCCUGAACCUGUCCCAGAGGAGCCUCCUGCUCACUCUAUUGAAUAUGUGCCUGAGGUCGUACACAGUACCCUGCCUGUUCUGCUUAAAGCGGACGAUGAUGCCUCGAAGCCGGAGCCUAUUACCGUGCUUAUAAAGUGGCGUGGUGGAGGCAAGACCGUCUUUCUUGCCAGGGCAGGAGAUGAUAACUGGAAUGGUCGUACACCAAUGGAUUUCGACCCACAUACAAAUACCUGGACUGCAGCCGUGCAGCUUCUCCCUGGGACUCAUCACUUCAAAUUCAUUGUUGAUGACCAGUGGCGUAUCGCAGAGGACUAUUCGACUGCGGUAGACGAUCGUGAUGGCUCGCUGGCUAACUACGUGAAUGUCACCUCCUCUGCUAUCUCGUCGUCAUGUCCGCGUACGCCGGCCCGCCUCUCACCUUUGGCAAGUCCCAACCAUAGCCAUCCUAGCCAAUUCAACAGCUUCUGGAGCGACAACAGUACUGCUAAUGGGGUGGCAACAUCUGGGUCGUCAACCGCCCAUGAUGGCGAGUGGACCACAGUCAUACCACCGGAGCUCAUCCAAGCGGCGGCAGAAGAAGAGAACUAUCUCGCUUCAGCAGAUUCACCCACGUCAUCGUCAUCAAUACCUGCGCCCAACAUUCCGCCUGCACCCACCCUGCCGCGGCAUCUUGACAAACUGAUCCUGAACGUUAGGACAAGUGCGGUGACAGGGUCAGGGAGUGGUAGCGCGAGUGGGUCUUCUGCUACGGGAUCAGAACGGGAGAAAUCGAGAAAGGGAAGUCGGUCACAUCAUUCGAGAAGGGACAGGGAAGGCAGGAGUAGGCCUUCGAAUCUUGGCAUGACGUCUGCCGUUUCUGAGGGGACGGGUAUAUCGAAUGCGGAACAAGGGGAGGGCCAAAGUGGGAUACCGCCGUCCCUCACGCUGCCUGUGGUAACCGCAUCUGGUACCGAUGUGACUACGCUUUCUGGUACGACGACUCCGAUUCAGGACCAGGCAAGCGAUGGACCUGGUAGUGCGAAGAAGGUUGCGGUGGCGAAACUGGAUGGACCUGCUAUUGCAGAUGAUGCCAGCGUAUUGCCAGUACCUAAUCAUGUGGUGCUGCAUCAUUUAAGCACAAGUGCGAUUCGGAAUGGUGUUCUCGCUGUCGCGAACACGACAAGAUAUCGGAAGAAGGUAUGUUAUGAGGUGUAUAUUACGACCAUCUAUUACAAGCCGACAUGAUCUCUGGCAUCCGUCCAGCACCUUCCUCUAGGCCGACCGACGUCUUCGCUAUUCACUAACUCGUCUCGCUUCUUCGACUCAUUAUCUCGAUAUCCUCAAUCUGUUCACAUCACACAUACAUGUUUCCUUACAUUUCCCCUCCGCUAUCUUCAUCUGUUUUCUGUCCCUCCUCCAUCCUUAGAAGAAUUUGUUACGCCCUGCAAUUGUGUCACUCCUCGUCCAUGUCUUUUGGGCAUGUAGCGCCAAACUAAAGCAAGAAUCUGGUCCACCACCACCAUCCCACAGCCACAGUUGUUACACGCUCUCAUGAUGCUUUCAUUAUACACAUCCUUGUCACUUCUAAAAAUCUUCAUGAAAAUACGACCCUCACGGCCGCCACUCUCCACAUCAACCAACAUUGUGACAUUAAAAUUCCAAACUUGUUCUUUAUCCACCCCACCCCACCGCCCCUUUUCUUGUUUUGGAUUCCCGCCCCGCCUCCACCCUGCCACCCUUCCUACCGUCCGUGUCCCUUUUCUUGAUGCAAGAAUGUGUAUAUUGUAUCUUUCAUUUUCCACGCCCCAUAUCCCCUUUGAAUUUUCACCAUCACGCGCAUCAUCCAUUUUCUGUCCCUGUACUCAGACUCUCUCCGACAGAGGGUGGGUGGAUGAUAGCGCGCUGUUCGUCUCCGGGGAGCUUUGGAUUUCUUUUCUUCUUCGCGUCCGUCUUCCUCUACUACACUCUUACAAUUCUUUCAUUUCUCGUCGUUGUGUCUGCUCUGGUAUCAGUUUGACAUUUGUUUGUGUUUUUCCUUUCAGCGCUAGUAGUUUUUCUUUUACAGUCUUGCAACAGUUACCCCACCCCCCAUGUGUAUCCAUUGUGACCCGGUUUUUAUACUCUCUCAUCUCAUUACAAUGUUUCUAGCAUCUCAUAAAUUUGUGUGCUCAUUGAACUUGAAUCGAGCCUGCAACGCUACGUAGCAUGCCGUGAUACUCAUUGUCGUUCUUUGCAACACCGGUACGGUGGCAGUGUUCUGGGUGUGCCGUGCUGCUUGUUAUACUUAGAUCGCCUUGUUGGAUAUCACGUUUGCGGAGUUCUUCACUGGCGUGAGGUUAUGUCGGGUAACCAAUAGGACGAAACGUAGGGCUAUACAAUAUCUCGCCGAUGUUAGUAUUGAGUUCAGGUAGAACAUAUUAAAGUUGCGCGAAG